AUUUGUUUCUCGGAGCGGAGGAGAAACAAAAGGAAGAGCUCGACGCGAGGGAGAGAGGGCCUAACUUCCACAGUUCCUACGCGAAGAGAGCUCACCACCUGCUUGCUCUUUUAUCCUGAAUCUCUUCACCAGACCUUCGAACUUCGAUUAGGGUUUUGUACGAAUUGCAACUAGCUUUCUAAUUCAUAUAUCUUCCAUUUCCGCCAUUUUCUUUUUCUCUUUCUCUUUCUCACCCUGUUUAUUCAUAUCUCUCCCUCUUUCAUCUCUAUACUUCAUGCUCAAAGAUCUCUGUUUAUUGGGGCAUUAUUAAUUUUUGACUUCUACGUGAUUCUGAAGGUUAUAGAUGCAUUCAUCAAGCUUGCAGUGCCCAUAAGAAAGUAAUCUCAAGGGUUUUGAAGUUGACAACCAGCCUUUCCCUUGCUUGGUCAGAUUCGAUUGCAGAGAAGGGAAGUAUUAAAACAUGGGUCAACUCUGUGAUUUCUGUGGGGAACAGCGGUCCAUGGUAUACUGCCGAUCUGAUGCUGCUUGCUUAUGUUUGUCCUGUGAUCGGAACGUCCAUUCUGCAAAUGCCCUGUCAAAGCGUCAUUCGAGGACCCUCUUGUGUGAAAGAUGCAAUUAUCAGUCUGCCAUAGUUAGGUGCAUUGAAGAGAAAAUCUCACUUUGUCAAGCUUGUGAUUGGAAUGGGCAUGGAAACUCUACCUCAGGUUCAGCACAUAAAAGGCAGACAAUCAAAUCUUACUCUGGCUGUCCUUCAGCUGCAGAGCUUUCUAGGAUCUGGUCAUCUGUUUUGGACUUCCCUUCUAUGGAUGAUUCUAACUGCGAGCAAGGAUUGGGUUUAAUGAGCAUAGAUGAGAACAAUAUCAGUAACUGUUGGGAUCACCCUGAAAAUAAUAACAUCAUAGACUUUGCUUGUGCAAGCRGAUUAGAUGAGCUUGAAAAUGCAGAUAAAUUUGGUAUUUGGAUGGGAUCCUCUUCAAUGCCUGCACUAAGCCCCAUGGAAUGUGGUGUAGAUCAUCUGGUUGGAUCCAUUGAUUCAACAACAACAAAGGUGACUUUCGACUUUAAAAGGUUUAUUAUCUAAAAAGGUGCAAAAAAAAGGAGUUUGGAAACCUCAGGGCUCUAAAAGUGGGCUUUAUAUAAAAUCUACCUUGGACAUUCUGGUGCAUGACGGGUACAUGCAGGGUGUAUGGGACCCAU